GCAAAGCGGCGGCAGGAGCGGGCAGGGACGGGCAGGAGCGGGCAGGGCUACGGGCAGGAGCGGGCGGGGACGGGCAAGGCUACGGACAACCGGAGGAGAUGCAGCGGGAGCCGAGCCCCGAGUGAGGAGAGCCGGAGGGCCGCGGCGCCAUGUCCCUGGGCGCCCCCGCCAGCAGCGCCGGCGUCCCGAGCGUCGUGCACAGCCUGAUGUGCCACCGGCAGGGCGGGGACAGCGAGAGCUUCGCCAAGCGCGCCAUCGAGAGCCUGCUCAAGAAGCUCAAGGAGAAGAAGGACGAGCUGGACUCGCUCAUCGCCGCCGUCACCACCAACGGCGCGCACCCCAGCAAGUGCGUCACCAUCCAGCGCACCCUGGACGGGCGGCUCCAGGUGGCGGGCAGGAAGGGGUUCCCCCACGUCAUCUACGCCCGGCUCUGGCGCUGGCCCGACCUGCACAAAAACGAGCUGAAACACGUCAAGUUCUGCCAAUUCGCCUUCGACCUCAAGCACGACAGCGUCUGCGUCAACCCCUACCACUACGAGCGCGUGGUGGCCCCCGCCAGCGUAGGUCUGAGCAUCCAGAGCACAGUGAAGGAGGAGUUUGUCCAUGCCUGUGUGCAGAUGGAGCUGCCGCCCGGCCGGGAGCGAGGGGCCAAGCGGGGGCCACGGCCGCCCCCCCCCGAUCCCCAGCGCCAGCCGCUGCCCCCCCCGCAGCUCCCGGAGUCCCCGCACCCCCCCGGGAACCUCUACCCCAUGUCACCCCCAGUGACCUCUCUGCUCUCGCUGCCCCACGGCGAGGGGCUUCUGCACAUCCCCACGCCGCCCCCGCCCGCCCCGGCGCAGCCCCCCCCGCAGAACGGCUACCCCAAGCCCCCCUACCGCAGUUCGCCGGCGAGCUGGAGCGGCACAGUCUACGCGCCAAACCUGGGGGGGCCGCAGCCCCCGCUCCACCACCCCAACCACUACUGGCCCCCGCACCGUAACUCCGGGCUGUACCAGCACCCCGUGUCCACUCACCCUGGGCCGGAGUUUUGGUGCUCCAUCGCCUAUUUCGAGAUGGACGUGCCGGUCGGGGAGAUCUUCAAGGUGCCGUCCGGCUGCCCCGUGGUCACCGUGGACGGUUACGUGGACCCGUCGGGGGGCGCCCGGUUCUGCCUGGGGCAGCUCUCCAACGUGCACCGCACCGACGCCAGCGAGCGAGCCCGGCUGCACAUCGGCAGGGGGGUGCAGCUGGAGUGCCGCGGCGAGGGCGACGUGUGGAUGCGGUGCCUGAGCGACCACGCCGUGUUCGUGCAGAGCUACCACCUGGACCGGGAGGCGGGCAGAGCCCCCGGCGACGCCGUGCACAAGAUCUACCCCGGAGCGCACAUCAAGGUGUUUGACCUGCGCCAAUGCCACCGCCAGAUGCACCAACAAGCGGCCACGGCGCAGGCGGCGGCCGCCGCUCAAGCAGCCGCGGUGGCCGGCACCAUCCCGGGCCCCGGCUCAGUGGGCGGCAUCGCGCCCGCCGUGGGGCUGUCGGCGGCGGCGGGGAUCGGCGUGGACGACCUGCGGCGGUUGUGCAUCCUGCGCUUGAGCUUCGUCAAGGGCUGGGGGCCCGAUUACCCGCGCCAGAGCAUCAAGCACACGCCAUGCUGGAUCGAGGUGCAGCUGCACCGCGCGCUGCAGCUGCUGGAUGAGGUGCUGCACGCCAUGCCCGCCGAGCCGGGCCCCCUGCGCUGAUGGCCGCACGCCCUUUAAUUUAAUUUUGUAAGAAAAAGCCAAAAAAAAGAGAAAAAAAUAGCAAAAAACGC